AAAUACUCAUUUACACACACACACACACACUCUCUCUCUCUCUCUCUCUCUCUCUCUCUCUCUCCAUCCAUUUGUGAAAACAAAAACCCAACAUCCAUCAAACAAAUGAACAAUCACGUUGGACCUUACUAAUGGCCAAAAAAACAGGAAUUUUCUGGGUCUUCCUAUUCCUCUUCACAAACCCAGUUUUCACUCAAUCCAACGACUUCACUUAUCAAGGCUUCAAAGGUUUUACCAAGAACAACAUAACCCUGUCCCAAGCUGCAGGGAUAGAGAAAAACGGCAUCCUCAAGCUGACCAGCAACACAAAGGGGGUGAUUGGCCACGCAUUCUACCCUACUCCCAUCACCUUCAAGAACUCCACAACCCCAAAAAUCUUCUCUUUCUCCACCGCCUUCGCUUUCGCCAUCGAAACAGAGAAGCACGACCAAGGCGGCCACGGCUUGGCCUUUGUAAUCUCACCCACAAAAGAUUUCUCAAAUGCAGUUGCCACUCAGUACUUGGGUCUUCUCAAUCUUGUAACAAAUGGGAAUUCCUCAAACCAUUUGUUCGCUGUCGAAUUCGAUACGGUCCAAGAUCUUAACUUCAAGGAUAUAAGUGGUAACCAUGUUGGCAUCGAUAUCGAUGGCUUGACAUCGAUUGCUUCGGUUAAUGCUAGCUAUUUCGUUGGUUCGACGCGAAGAGAGCUCGAUCUCAAGAGUGGGAAGACAAUUCAAGCAUGGAUUGACUACGAUGCGACUGCAAAUCAAUUGGAUGUCAUGCUUUCUUUCUCCUCAACAAAACCAAGUUCCCCAAUUUUGUCAAGGGAAGUCGAUCUCUCUCCGAUUUUCGAAGAAUCCAUGUAUGUGGGAUUCUCUGCUUCCACAGGUGUGCUUAUGAGCUCUCACUAUAUACAGGGUUGGAGCUUCAAAAUAAAUGGAAAAGCACAAUCUCUUGAGCUAUCUUCUCUUCCCUCUGUUCCUAAGUCGAAACAGAGCAACAAAGCACUAAUCUUUGGUGUCUCUGUUUCUACUUUUGCUGCAAUUCUCUCAGCAAUUGGAUUGGCCUAUUAUUGGAUUAGAAGGACAAGAAAUGCUGACAAAAUCGAAGCGUGGGAGAUCGAUAUUGGCCCCCAUCGAUUCCCGUACGAAGAACUCAAGCAAGCGACCGAAGGUUUUGCAGAUGAAAACCUACUCGGGUUUGGCGGAUUCGGUCGAGUUUACAAAGGGACCCUACCGAAUCCGAACACCCAAGUAGCAGUUAAGCGAAUCUCACGCGAUUCGAAACAGGGGUUGCGCGAAUUUGCGUCGGAGAUUUCAAGCAUAGGCCGUCUUCGUCACCGGAAUCUAGUUCAGUUACUGGGAUGGAGCCGAAAGGGAGGAGAUCUUUUGCUUGUUUACGAUUACAUGCCGAAUGGGAGCUUGGAUAAGUACAUUUUCGACGAACCCAGAUCGGUUUUGAGUUGGGAACAGAGGGUAAAGAUCGUGAAAGGAGUGGCAAGUGGAUUGUUGUACUUGCACGAGGGAUGGGAAGAGACUGUGAUUCACAGAGACAUCAAAUCAGGCAAUGUGCUGCUGGAUUCAGAGCUCAAUGGCCGCUUGGGGGAUUUUGGGCUAGCGAAAUUGUACAACCACGGCUCGGACCCUUGCACAACCAGAGUGGUGGGGACCCUGGGGUAUCUGGCGCCGGAACUAACCCGGACAGGGAAGCCGACAACGAGUUCUGACGUGUUUGCUUUCGGUGCUUUUUUGCUGGAAGUGGUGUGUGGUAGGAGGCCAAUUGAGCUAAAAGCUUCGCCGGAGGAAUUGAUUUUAGUGGAUUGGGUGUGCGAUAUGUGGAAGCAGGGGGCUGUUUUGGAUGUGGUGGAUAAGAGAUUGGGUGGCGAAUUCAAUGAGCAUGAGGUUGUGGUGGUGAUCAAGCUUGGGUUGAUGUGUUCGGACAAUGUGGCGACGAGGAGGCCGAGUAUGAGGCAGGUGGUGAGGUACUUGGAAGGGGAGGUGGGAAUGCCGGAGGUGGUGGCGCCACCAGUGGAGGAGUUCGAUGGGAGUAAAGGCGGUGGCGGUGAGUCUGAGGAUUCUGAUGAUUCGUACGAAAAAUCAGGGUACUUUGAUAAGGUGAGGUUGAGUUCAUCGGGUUGCGAUAGGGAUGUAGAUGUUGAUAUUGAAGCCGGCAGGUAGCCAUUGUAUGGGUUUACACUUUUGGCGAACAUUAUUUUUCAGUUGUUUUGGGUUAAUUGAAAUGGUUGGGCGUUUAUUAACGUGUCCUUUUGGAGCCAUGCAUAUUGCUGUAUACUUUGCAUUUAUCUUAGUUCACACUUGACUAUUUUUGAA